AUGCUUGGUAACCCUCCACAGUCCUUCCCCCCUCCUAUUCUCCCUCCCCCCUCUUUCCUCCAUCGCCCCGCCUCUUGGAUGCGGGACUUUGAAGCCUUCCAAGCAGCAGUGGAUCGCGAUCCUUCCUAUGCCGCCUCGCUCUCUCGCUCCCUCUGCCUCGCCCUUGACGAGUUCUAUUCAAAUUUGCACGCUGUGGGAGUCUCGGCUGUCACAGGAGGGGGCAUCAAUGAAUUUUUCACUGCUGUCGAGGUGGCCAGAAAAGAGUACAUGGAAGGCUACAGGGUUGACUUGGAGAAGAUGAGAGCGGAGAAGGAGAAAAAAGAGGCGGAGAGGCAGAGUGCGGAGAUGGCCCGGUUUCAUGCGGACUCUGAGGAAGAGAAGGAUGCUUUGACCAGACGAACUGGGAAGAUGAAAUUGGAUGACAAUGGAGAAGGGAUAGAGGAGGAGGAUGAGGAUUUGAUCGAGGAGGAAAUGGAGGAGGAUAUGGAAGACGAGGACGAUGACUUGUAA